AUGUUCAGCCCUCCACCGAGUUCUUUCCACCCGCCGCCGCCGCACUCCGACGUUCCCGCCGUUCUCUCCCCGGCGGAGAUCACCGCAACCCUCCGCGAUCUCACCACUGCUGUCCAGGAGAUCUGCCUCUUCCUGGCCGGUCCCUACGGGCCGCCGCCGGCGGCGGCGCUGCUGCUGUGGCCGGUCCCUACGGGCCUCCGCUGCGAUCGCCGGGCUGCUGCAGCCGACGCUGCUGCUGUCGUUGCCGCCACCCGACGCCGGGCUGCUGCAGUCCCCGCUGCCGCUGCCCACCAUCUCCAGGCCGGGCCCUACCUCGGCGCCGGGGGUCCCUCUUCUCCAGCAGCCGGCCGCCUUCUUCCCCACCGGGACACUGCAACUGCCGCCGCCACCAACGCCGCCGCUGCAGCUGCUGUCCUCACCGACGUUGUCCCUGCCGUUCGGUGGGCAGCUGCAACAGCAGCAGCAACUUUUGUCGCCACCAACACCGCAGCAGCGGCUGCUGCCGCCACCGACGCCGUCCCUGCCUUUCGGCAGUGUGGGAGCGACCUUGGCCCCGGGCUCUACAUCGACACCGCCCGGGAUGCCCUUCCACCAGGUCUGUUUCCCUCCGUCGCUGUCACCGUCACCGCUUCCGGCUUGGAUCGCUAUCUGCCACAUGUCAGUGGCGGUGAGGCUGCAGGCUGCUGCGCGCGGCCUCCUAGUGCGUCAGCGUGUGCGGGAGAUGCGUGA